GAGUGCUGGAAAUGUGGGAGACAGAUGACCGACCCAGCAGAGCUGUUUUAUUGUAAAUGUGGGAUUGUGCAGAAACCAGCUUCAAAUUUAACUUAUUUCCAAUUAUUUGGGCUGAAUGAAGAUUUUGAUGUUGAUUUGAAACCUCUGUCUGAGAAAUAUAUUGAGCUACAGAAGCAACUUCACCCUGAUAAAUUCAGUCAGGCUUCAGAGACAGAAAAGAGCCACGCUGCAGAUCAAUCUUCACUGGUUAACAAAGCCUACUCAGUUCUUACGAAACCUCUACAUAGAGCUAUAUAUAUGUUAGAACUGCAUGAUAAUCCCAUAGAGGAAUCUAGCGCCAUAUCGGACCCAGAAUUCCUGAUGGAAAUCAUGGAAUUGAAUGAAGAAUUGGCAGAAGUUGAUUCGCCAGAAGAUUUGAAGAUUUUUGAAGAACAAAAUGAAAGUAACAUUGUGAAAAAUAUUCAGGAAAUAUCUGCAGCCUUUAAAAGUAAAAAUAUUCCGUCUGCCCAUGAAUUGGCAAUAAAAUUACAGUAUUAUUCUAAUAUUAGUGAGAAAAUCAAAGACUUAAAAAGA